AGGUUGACUGACAGUAUAUCAGAGCAGGUCUUGUCCACAAGUUGUACACAGGACAUCUGAACAAGGAGCCCUCACCUGCAGUCUAUUGUCUUCAUUUGAACUCUUCACCAAGAUGCUGUCUGUGUCUUUAGUUUUUUGUGCCAUUGUGGCACUGGCUACAGCUCUGGAUGUUAACAGUACUCACUUGGCGGCAACACCUUGUCCGCCUGGCUGGACCGAACAUAAAGACCGUUGUUUUUUCUUUGAUAAUAAUAUCAAGACCUGGGUGGAUGCUGCGGCGAACUGCCAGCAGUUGGGAGGGAACCUUGCAUCUAUACGCAGUGAUGACGAAAACUCCUUCAUUAAUGCACUGACUAACAAUGCACCUGCGUGGGUUGGAGGAACAGAUUGCCAAGCUACCGGAGCCUGGUUCUGGAUGGAUGGUACACAAAUGAUUGCGAGAUUCUGGUGUCCACUCAAACCAGACAAUGAACUCUCACAGUGUUGUCUACAGAUAAAUACUGGUGUGAACAAAUGCUGGGAUGAUGUACCCUGUACGUCUACCCUUCCAUAUGUGUGUGGAAGGCAUCGUUAAUGGAAUCCUAACAUGAAGAGCUUGCCUUCCUGCCUGUUUUAGCUGCUUCGGAUAGAAAGCAUCAUCUUAUUAAUCAGAUGACUCUUGCUGAUUGAUCUGACGAUUGAGUUAUUUGGAAUGAAACUCAUACAAAUGUUUGUGUUGAGCAUGAUUAAAAAAAAUUAAGCAAUGACAAAAACUGUAUCUUGUUAUAGGAACAAUUGGAUUGAAAAUUAACACAAGUAAAAAAACACACACACACAAAAAAAA